GCUUUCUGCUGACUGUGACUGCUUUGCCAAGGGGGCUUGGCGAGCAGCGCGAGGGAACGCAUCCCAUAAGACGGCACCCCAGACGAAGGCAUCCCGACCAAAGCCACCCAACUGAAGCUCAUCCAACGAAGCUAUUCCAACGAAGCUAUUCCAACGAAGCUAUCCCAGCGAAGCUAUCCCAGCGAAGCUAUCCAAACGAAGUUAUCCCAACGGACGGCACAAUGCAUUUCGACUUCACCCUGCAGACCUGCUGCGAGCGAAACCAAAACAUCACCCUCGUGAGCAUCUCCGCGUGCGUGCUGAUAAACGCCAUGUUUUGGAAGUGCAAAAUUUUGGAGCCCUUCAAACUGCUGACCGUUUUUUUGCACGAGUUUUCGCAUGCGUCGGCCUGUUGGUUGACGGGGGGCCGGGUGAAGAGCAUAGAGGUGAACAGAAAUCAUGGAGGAUGCACAAACACAAUUGGAGGAAACAAAUUCCUAAUUCUGCCCGCUGGCUACAUUGGCUCCUGUUUCUACGGGAUGUUUUUUAUUUUGAUGGCAUACAUAAACAAAUGGACGCUGAUCACAUCCGCCGCCUUCUUAUGCUUCUUACUCUUAAUAGUGUUAAUUUUUUAUGCGAAUAAUUUUUUCCUAAGGCUUCUCUGCGUCCUCUUCUUAACGCUUACCAUUUCUGUUUGGGUUUUGUGUGUGCAUUUUAAGGAAGACGUGCAGUACUGGCCCCUAAAAAUAAUCAUGACGUUUAUAGGCGUCCUGAACGAAAUUUACAGCAUGGUAGACAUAAUUGAAGACUUAAUUACGAGAUCUGUACCUGAGUCCGAUGCGUAUAAAUAUGCAGAGCUGACCAAAUGUAACUCCAAGUUUUGUGGGGCCCUAUGGUUUGUGGUCAAUUUGACUUUUAUAUGUUUGACCGUUUAUUUGAUCGGCGCAAUUCAUGUGAAGAGCUUUGACGAUUGA